CUUACGUUAUAUCAUAAGUUGGGCAAAAUGAUUAUUCACCUUAAUUUUCAUUCCAGUGAAGGGAAUCCUGUUACAUUGUAUAAUAAUGCGUACCGAGCUGAAGACAUAUCUAUUAAGGUAUCCAAUGUUGGGUGUCAUGUUAUAAAACGGUACAGUAAAGAUGCUUAUUCAGUUACAGAUCAACCUACCGAAGGCAUUUUUUUUCAUGAUGAGGAAUUUGUUACUUAUGAAUUCACUGCAAAUGAUUUGCGUUCUGUGUUUCCGGAACUUGAAAUGUUUUUCCAUGGCAAAUGUAUUGGACAUGCUUUUAUCACACCAAAUCAGUUUGUCGAAAGCAGCGGAUUGUUACGAACAGUCGUUACGAAUCAUGAGAGCAAUAAAUUGGUGGCUGACCUAAUAGUUCAUUAUGUCGUUAUAACGCCAUGGCAAAAUGAACCAUUAUCAACUGGACCUAAGCAGUUCGAGACUGAUGAUACAUUCUUGUACAUAGGACACAGAGGUUGUGGUAAAACUUUAACUCGGGAUAAUCCAGUUUUGGAGAAUACAGUGAAAUCAUUUGAAGCUGCACAUAAAAAUGGUGCUGCAUUUGUGGAAUUUGAUAUUCAAAUGACGGAAGAUCGUAUACCGGUGGUUUUUCAUGAUUUCCACGCUUCAAUUUUUUCAGAACAGCAUAGCGGAAGUAGUGAUGCUGGUCAAAUAGAUGUGAAAAAUCUCACUGUUUCAGAAUUGCAAAAAUUAAAGAUGGAUUUUGCACGUCAUGGAGCAGGUUCAUGUUACAGUGGCCAGUAUGCUGAUUUGUUUCCCACACUGGCUGAUGUUCUGAAAGAACUGCCCCUUUCUCUUGGAUUUAUGAUCGAGGUGAAGUAUCCUUAUCAAGAUCUACAGACAGGAAAGUGGGAGCUGGAUCAUUAUUUUGACAGAAAUGUGAUUGUGGAUGCUGUUCUCAAUGUUGUGAUGACAGAAGAGCGACCCAUCAUGUUCUGUUCGUUCGAUGCUGAUAUAUGUCUAAUGUUGGCGUACAAACAAACAAAAUAUCCAGUUGUUUUCAUCACCAGUGGUGAAAAUGACAGCUAUCAGUACAUGGAUAUUCGAAACAGAACAAGAAUGAUUGCUGUUAAUUUUGCUAUGGCCCACAACUUCAUGGGUAUAUCUAUCUACAGCAAUCCGUUGGUUGGCAAAGACGAAGAAUUUCGCCAUGUUGUGAACACCAUGAAGAAAGUAAAUAAACGUCUCUAUACCUGGGGAAGUGAAAAUUCCCACCCCGAUUUUGUAGAUUUUCAAAGAAGCAUUAAAGUGUCUGGAGUGAUCUCAGAUGAUUUGGGAGACCUAAACAUUCAAAAAGAUGUUAAGAAUAGUUAAAGAAUUGAUAUUCAGGUUUAAUGGCUUGAAUUUAACCAAGCUGUUGCAAAUAUUGUAAAUAUGCUCACCGGAAGUGAGCUUUUUUAACGAAUGUAUGUAUGAGUUUAUGAUAGAUAUUUUUAGCUACUUUUAAAGAAGGACUUUUCUCAAAAAAAAAAACUGCAAUUUGCGAUUUUUGGCCUCGGGAAUAGUUUUAUCCACGCCAAAUUUAAUAUCACGAAAAUUUUUUGAAACAGUCAUUGCGGUUUUAAUUUCGCGAUUUUUUCGCCUAGGUAUAUAUUUAUUUACUAAUUUAGGGAUUUUUGAAAAAAUUAAAAAAAGUUGUGUAUUAAUUUAUUUUACGCAUGCAUAGCAUCGAUAAAUUUGGGUAUAUAGAUGCUGUUGUGACGGUGAUACAAACAUGGCCCUGGAUGAGCCUCGUCACGUGACCUUUAAAUGUACAGUUUUUUUGAGUGUAAUAUUUAAUAAGAUUUGUCUCAAUGAACCAAA